AUGACUCAUUUCCUUUUCAUCCUGUUCCUCUCUCUCGCCGCUUCUACCACCGCCGACUAUUUCCGAGACUCAACCGGGAAACCGGUGGUAAACGGCGGAAGUUAUGGUAUGAUCCGCGACAUGAUGGCUCCGGACGAAGGUCCAAUAACAUGGGGAAUAUCAAACCAUACGCGAUCAUCAUGUCCGCUUAACGUAAUCCAAAGUCAUUACGAUAUGAUGCCAGAUGCUCCAAACAACAUUCCUUAUACAUCGAUUACCUUUCGUUCUCCUUUGAAUUCGAAAUUCAUUCCUGUUGGUGCGCCCAUUGAUAUAUACUUCAAUACCAGAAAUUCUCCUUGCAAAAAAUCAUUAAAAUGGUCCGUAAAACCAGCAAAGGCAGCAAAAUCGUUCAAUUUGGUUGCAGGUGACAAGAAUCCUCGCUACAAGGGUUCAUUCAAAGUUGUUAUUCCCAAAAAUAGGAAUGAUUAUGUGUAUAGGUUGAUGUAUUGUUUCAAAAUCAACUCUUGUUUAGAAGUGGGUAAUUCAGAUUCCUUUUACAAUUGGGAAGUUUUAGGCAUCACUUUUGAACCUAAGAAAAAUAAUUUUUGGGCUUUUGACUUUGUUGUGUAA